AUGACUCAGGUCGCCAAUGUCCCGUCGCUCGAGACGGCGCGAGAAGUCAUCGCGCAGUCGAGAAACUCCCAAUUCCCUCCGAACCUGCUCCCCGUCACGGCCUCCAUCUCUGCCGAUCUGUUGACCCCGACGCUGGCAUAUCUCAAGCUUGCGGAGAAUUCCCGACUGUCGUUCCUGUAUGAGAGCGCGGCGACGACAGAGACAAUUGGACGCUACAGCUUUGUUGGUGCAGACCCGAAGAAAGUGCUCAAGACCGGCCCCGGCCAUGGGCACGUUGGCGAUCCCCUCCCGAUUCUGGAGGAGGAGCUUUCGCAAUUCCGCGUGGCAACGGUCCCUGGUCUGAUCCUACCCCCGCUGACCGGUGGAGCGAUCGGCUACGUGGGCUACGACUGCGUGCGAUACUUUGAGCCCAAGACCGCUCGGCCCAUGAAAGACCCGCUGGGCGUGCCGGAGUCCUUCUUCAUGCUGUUCGACACCAUUGUCGCUUUCGACCACUUCUUCCAGGUCGUCAAGAUCGUCACCUACAUCCCCAUCCCCAACACAGACGCCGAAAUCGAAGCCGCCUACCGACAGGGACAGGCCGUUAUCCAACGAACAAUCGACACGCUGCUGCAGGACCGCACGCCGCUGCCACCGCAGGGUCCGAUUAUCCCGAACCAGGAAUACAAGUCUAAUAUCGGCCAGGAGGGGUACGAGAACCAUGUCAAGCGACUAAAGGAGCACAUCUCCAAGGGUGACAUCUUCCAAACGGUGCCAUCGCAACGACUGUCUCGGCCAACUUCUCUUCACCCGUUCAAUCUUUUCAGGCAUCUGCGCACCGUCAACCCUUCCCCAUACCUGUUCUAUAUUGAUUGUCAAGAUUUCCAGCUUGUUGGCGCAAGCCCCGAGCUUCUGGUCAAGGAGGAACGAGGACGAAUCAUCACGCACCCGAUUGCAGGCACGGUGAAACGAGGAAAGACCCUGGAGGAAGACACAGCGCUGGCCGACGAACUCCGCGGCAGUCUCAAGGACAGAGCCGAGCACGUCAUGCUGGUUGAUCUGGCCCGUAACGACGUGAACCGGGUGUGCGAUCCCAUCACGACACAGGUCGACCGGCUGAUGGUGGUCGAGAAAUUCUCGCACGUCCAGCACCUGGUCUCGCAGGUGUCGGGUGUGCUGCGGCCCGAGAAGACGCGAUUCGACGCUUUCCGAUCCAUCUUCCCGGCAGGUACUGUGUCCGGCGCGCCUAAGGUGCGCGCCAUGCAGCUCAUUGCCGAGCUGGAGGGCGAGAAGCGCGGUGUGUAUGCCGGCGCGGUGGGUUACUUUGGGUACAACAUCGCCAACGCUAAUGGGUCGAGCGAGAUGCCGGGCGCUAUGGAUACGUGCAUUGCGCUCCGGACGAUGAUGCUCAAGGACGGGGUGGCGUAUCUCCAGGCCGGUGGGGGUAUUGUCUUCGACUCGGAUCCCUACGACGAGUACGUCGAGACGCUGAACAAGCUCGGGGCCAAUAUCCAGUGCAUCCGGGGCGCGGAGGCCAAGUAUCUCAGCAUGGAAGAAAAUGCACGCCUGGCUGGAGCCAGAUAA